UAUUUCUUCCGCAGAGUCCUGCCGACCAUCAUGGCUGCCACCUUCAAAAAUGGUUUUCCAAAUAAGAAAAUGAUGGUACCGAUGUGGCGCCUACCUUGUCUGUUGGGAGGGAAAAAGCUUAUCUUUGCUAUAUCUAUUUCACAGAUAAUUCUGCUUGAGAUUCUGUACCGUCGGCAGUCAAAAACCAACAGACAUGUGGAAGACCUCAGUGAUCGGGAGAGGUGGUUUGUCUCUUGCUUUCACAUGGUGGCCAUGUUCUUCUUUGGUGCCGCCACCACGCACUUUUUAACUGACAUUCCAAAAUAUGCGAUUGGUCGCCUUAGACCACAUUUCUUUGAUGUGUGCAAGCCAGACUGGAGCCGGUUGAAUAACACCUCAGGUUAUAUCACAUCUGAUAUAUGCACAGGGGAGAAAAAAGACCUGAUACACGAAGCUAGGUUGUCAUUUCCCUCAGGUCACUCCUCAAUGGCUAUGUUCUGUGCUUUCUUUUUCAUUCUGUACCUGGAAUCAAAACUGACGUGGAAGGUUGUACCUCUGCUCCGGCCACUUCUUCAACUGAUAGCCUUUAGCUUGGCUUUCUUUACUUGCUUGUCUCGGAUCUCAGACUACAAGCAUCACUGGAGUGAUGUGUUAGCUGGAGGCAUUUUAGGAGCUGCUAUCGGAUGUUUAGUGUUUAAUUGUGCCAAGACAAGUUCAGCAGACAAAUUUUGA